AUGUUUUAUUGCCUUUUUAAUAAAGUUGUUGAAGAUGGUGGAGAAGAUGACGAUGACGAAGAUCAACCGAGAGACAUUUCUAUGUAUCUUUCGUUUAUGUUGAUGUUUUCUUUAUGUGAUUUCAUUGCGACAUUAUUGGCCUUAUUGGCUGAUAUCUUACUCUUUAUUCCACGGUUAACUUACGUUGGGUGGAUCCAAAUCUUACCCUUAAUCCUAUUGGCGUUUACAGCCAGUACCAUCUGUUUCAUGAAGAGAGAGGUGAGUACUCGGAAGUAUCUUCAGGGUGGGGAUUCUAACUAUAAGAAUGAUGACAUGUACUUGCGACGUCGUAUGGUAACGGAUCCCGACAACGAUGAUGAUGAUAGUGGCAGUGAUGAUGGGUUCUAUGUUUAUACAAAUGGGUUCUAUUCCAAUUCUGAUAAAGAUAGUCAAUGGGUACAUCAUGGAAGAAGAAGCACUACUACUAUUGAUCAAACGAUGGACAUUCCUCUUGAGGAUCUUCACACACAUGAACAGCAUACAGAUGAAUUUGAUGAUGAUGAUUAUAAUGAUAACGAAGAUAAUGAUGGAUACGUGCAUUAA